UUUCAUUGUGUUCCAUGGUUUUCAAUUGUUUUGUCCAAAUGUUUUUUGACGAGCAAAGUAUUUAUCCUCUUCAAAGUCAAAAUUUUUUCAGCUAAUCCGUUUUUAUUAUACGAAAAACCAAUCUUACGAGUAAUGAACACGUAUUGGAUUUGUUCCGAAUUUAUUCGCUAGUAUCAUUGUCAUCACUUUCACUUUUCACGCUUUUUGCUCUAUUCGUGGUUUUAGUGUGCAUAUACUGCAUAGGCGCAGUCGCCAUGGAUGAGUGAGUUGUUCGUUUUGUUGAUACUUAAGUUCCUGUCUCAUUGUUUCACAUGAAUAAAUUAUGACAAGCACCAUGUCGACCCUAACGAAAAUGACCCGCACGGUAAAAAAACUGGAGGUGCCCAGACCCCUGAAAUCGACAACCAGUUCCGCACAUACCCGCAACUCUGUAUUAGAUGUGAAAAUUAAUUCUGUUGAUGAUCUGAUAGUGUUGACUGAGGGUGUGGCAUACCAGAUGAUGCAGGGGAAUUUUGAUCGUGCCCUUCAGAGCAAUGUUGCUACCAUGUACUCCAACCUCAAGCUUUAUGGUGCCCAGCUCGAAGCACUUUAUAAGGAGUUUCUUGAUAGAUAUUUUGUUGUAUUCCGUAACGGGUCUCAGGAUGAAAGAUUGGACAAAAAAACUCGUCUCCAUCUUCUUGAGUUAAUAGAAUUACGUGCAAAGCAUUGGCAAGGAUCUGAUUAUAUGAGUCAAUAUUAUAGACACCGUGGUACACAUGCUGAGCCACUGUUAGUUCCUACCAUGGAAGGGUCGGGGUCGGGUGGCUCGGUCUCCCCCACGCUGGCUGCGCCUACCGAGCCGCCCACUUUACUUGGCCCCGGUGAAGUCAUCAAGCCAUCUGGCAAAUUCCCUAAGCCAACGAAAAUACCGGGCAAAAACUAUUCCAAGGAUGAAGUUGUUAUUAGAAAUGCUGAUUCUGGAAAAGUGAUGGGUAUCAAGGGCAGACGGGUGCACAUGAUCGAGGAGAUAAGUGACACGAUAAUAUCGUUUCAGAGAGUGAGUCCAGGUGCCAAGGAGAGGCUUGUUCAAAUCACAGGUCCCAAUGAAGAAAAUGUUAACCACGCAAAGCAUCUGAUCGGUGAUACGAUCCGGCGCAAUGCGUCUCCGGUGCGGCUGGAGGGGGCGCUGGAGGGCGCGCUGGCGGGCUCGCGCGCCUCGCUCGACUCCGCCGGUUCGGAUGACGCACCGCGCAUCGUACAGCGCGAGAAGUCUCCUCACAACAACAAUCGGGCUUUGCUCCAUAGCUUCUCUACGAAUGACGCAGCGCUGGGAGAGUAUAAGCACACUGUGACUUUUGGCCAACAUUCCAUUAAGAUCACGGGCAACAAUCUGGAUCUUGUUAAAACGGCGAAGCUGGUGCUGGACGAGUACUUCGAGAGCGCGGGCGCGCUGGAGGCUCUGGGCGCGGGAUCGGGCGACUUCUUCACGUUGUCGCAGCGGCCCGGCGCCGCGCUUCUGCUGCGUGAUGAUGCACUCAACGGCGAUGACGACGUGUUCGCACCUGCGCACGCGCACGCCUCUGACGACGCGCAAGCGGCGGGGGAGGGCGAGACGGCGCCGCGCCGGCCGCGCUUCUCGCGUGCCACCAGCACUGACAAGAACCAAGGUGCGGCCGGCGCGCGGCAGACGUACACUUACGAGACGCUGGUGCAGUACGCGGACUCGCCGCUCAGCAAGCUGCCCCCCGCGGGCCUGGCCGGCUUCCCGCCCGAGCUCGUGCGCAAGACUUGCCUGGAGUUCGACAGCGCGAGUUACCUGCGCAAGGCGCGCGCGGCGGCCGCAACAACAGUCGCCGCGCCCGACGCCCCCGACUCGCCUGAGCCCGAGUAACGCCCCGACCCCGCCCUCGCCCCCGCCCCCACCACACUGGCGCCCUCUACACACGCUCGCACGAUACAUCACCAACACCAUUUUGUUAGCGAAGGACGAUUAUCAAUCUACAUUUCUGUUGUAUAGGUCUCCAACUAAACUAAUUACCUAACAAAAUAAAAAAGGUCCUAACCUAAAAUUGAAUUCAAAUAUUAAAUCAAAAUUUAAAGUAAAAUGACAAUCGUCCUUUGCGCAUUAUUAGCAAUGUAUAAUUAACGCACGUAGCGCACAUCACAAUAUUUUGUAUUAUCACAAUGGUUCGGGCGAUUUUUAAAUAAUAUCACAAUAUUGGCUAGGCUAGGCCGGUGGUAUAGAGGCAGCUAAUGUCCUAUUAGUCAUUUACUAUUAGAGUAUUUACAGCUUGCGAUCAUUUUCAGUCUCGCGUUUUAUGUUUUUAUAACUUCUAAAAACAUUUACAAGCUGUGACUAUGAUCAAUAGAAUGUUGUUUUGGCAGCCGUCCGUAGUUGAAUUCUUUUCGCUUAACGUUGUACUAAUUUAGCGGAUUUUACUAAAAAGUAUUAGCUCACCAAAAUAUUUUAUUUAUAUAACUCUUUUAUUAUUUAUUUGAAUGCGGAUCUAUGAAAAAUGUGAUAAAUAUUGCGUAUAAAAGACCGCGAUACGAAAUUGAAAGUUUAGUUUUGUGGUAAGUUUGUGGACGCGGCGAUUAAUGCGUCUGUUUCUAAAAUAAUAGAAUCACACAAUUUAUUAGAGUCCAAUUCAAUGCGGAAGGGAAGUUUCCUAUGAUAUGGAAUCACGUUAUACGAUAUAAACUUUUAUCUUGAUACUUUAUUAAUGGCAACACUGCAUAUUAUAGCAAUAUUUUUAUCUUGCUUUAUCUACAAUAGAACAAAUAUUUAUUCAUAUAUACGGCUUUUCCGUAACUUAAACCUUUUGAUGUAAAUAUUGACUCGUUAACGAACGUCAUAGAUUCCAUUUAAUAUAAGAUGAAUGGCUGCAUUUCUCUGAGUGUUUGUGAUUACUCUCAUUAUAUAUUUGUGGUAGCUACUAGUCCUGUCACCUCGGUGUCGAUUCUCACUACUCUAAGCUUUUAUAUUUCAAAAUAAGUCUGGCAAUUAAAUUAUUCUUAUUUUAAAUAAUCAAUAUAUAUUUUCAUUGUUU